AUGAAUUUUUCACGUCAACGCACGUCUCCAAUUAACGCUGGCGAGAUCAUUAAUUACAAAAAUGUUGAUCUUCUCCGUCGUUUUAUUACGGAACAAGGUAAAAUUUUACCACGCCGUUUAACGGGUGUAACUGCAAAACAGCAACGUCAACUUGCUAAAGCAGUGAAGCAAGCUCGUAUUUUAGGAUUUUUACAAUUUCUUUAUAAAGAAUAA